AUUAAGCGGAAUUCAGAGCUGGGGGUGAAUUUAAGAGAAAGGAUUGGGAUUUUAAAAGAAUUGGGUGAUUGCACAUAGGUAUUAGCAUGGCAUCUGGGAACCCAAUUUUUGAUGACUUGCAAAGCAAGCUUGAGGUUAUAGAUCCUCCGCCGCAAAAUGAAGACAUUUUGGAUAGUGAACCUGUGAAUGAUCCUACUCAACCCGCUACAAAACCAAAUUUGGUUGUGUCCGGCAGCGUUCGGGAACUGUUGGAGUGCCCUGUUUGCUUAAAUGCAAUGUACCCACCAAUUCAUCAGUGCUCAAAUGGACACACACUGUGUUCUGGUUGCAAGCCAAGGGUACACAAUCGGUGCCCCACAUGCAGGCAUGAGCUCGGUAAUAUUAGAUGUCUUGCAUUGGAGAAGGUUGCUGCAUUUCUUGAGCUUCCCUGUAAAUAUCAAAAUUAUGGGUGCGUAGGUAGCUAUCCAUAUUACAGCAAGCUAAAACACGAGUUGCAGUGUUCAUAUAGACCAUAUAGUUGCCCUUAUGCUGGAUCAGAAUGUACAGUUGUUGGUGAUAUUCCUUUUCUUGUUGCUCACCUGAAAGAUGAUCACAAAGUUGACAUGCACAGUGGCAGCACCUUCAACCAUCGUUAUGUCAAAUCAAAUCCGCAUGAGGUUGAGAAUGCUACAUGGAUGCUAACGGUUUUCAGUUGCUAUGGUCAGUACUUUUGCCUGCAUUUUGAAGCCUUCCAGCUCGGGAUAGCUCCUGUUUAUAUAGCAUUCUUGCGGUUUAUGGGAGAUGAUAACGAGGCAAAGAACUAUAGCUACAGCCUUGAGGUGGGUGGGAAUGGGAGGAAGUUGACUUGGCAAGGGGUGCCAAGGAGCAUAAGAGACAGUCAUCGGAAGGUUCGUGACAGUUUCGAUGGUCUCAUCAUCCAACGGAACAUGGCUUUGUUCUUCUCGGGAGGAGACAGGAAGGAGUUGAAGCUUAGAGUGACAGGUAGGAUAUGGAAAGAGCAGUAAUCGUGGGAGUGCCAUCUCCAAGUUGCCUCCGAUUCUGUUUUGUCGUAAUAGCCGGUAGGUUGGUUUAUUUUAAUACGUUUUACGGGUCUUCUGGUCAUGUGUUUCUUGGUUUGUUGAGGGGGCAAGCUCUCUUUGCUUAUCCAUGCGUCAAAUGCAUGAAUUGAAAGAUGUUAACAUUAAUGUCAAAAUCUGGUAUCUACCUGUAAUCAAUUUAGAGGUAAUUAGAAAUGCAGGUUUUCAUGGUGCAAAA